UGUCAGGACUCCGAUGCAGGAGGUGAACAAAUGUUGGCUUCCAGCGGCUCCGUGCAAAGUUAAAGGCACUGUGGUCUCAUCGUCUCCAGUGGUGAAUCUUCGAAAGCGUCAGUUGGAAAUGCUCACUCCUGUCAACCAGCGGAAACCUGCCUUCGGGGCGCUUCUGUUGCCGACGGAGUCGCCGGCAGUGUUGAACGCGUCCUACGUGGAGAUUUCGUGUCCGACGACGCAAACGCCCAAGUUGUCGCCCAACAUCAAGGAUUUGCAGCCGCAUCCCUUGCGAAGCAGUCCGUUGGUUGUGAGCCAGACCAACAAUUUUGCCGAGCCGGACGACGUGCCGCGAGUGGCGGAACAGCCGCCGUUGAAGCGGAGUGCCCGGCUCCAACCGGCGGCUGUGACCAAGGAGAACAAGUUGGCGUUGAAGUCUCGCGUCCCGAGGUCCACUGCGUGUGGCUCUGCGUUACCCAAGCGACUCAAGACGAGGGGUGUGAAUCCCAGGCAUCGGUCCGAUUCGGAAAAUGAAAAUAAAGGUGGUUCAUCAGCUGAGCAAUCCAACAACAGGGAACCGAUCCCAGUAGCAGUGGAAAACGUGAGGAACCUGGAGAAAACUGCGGCCAUAAUUGAAGAAGAGAAGGAUGUGGUGGAGCUUGCGAAUCGGGCUCAACGUCAGUCAGCUGCGGGUCUUAUGUCCUUGUUUCAAGACCUCGGGGCUGCGUAUUUAAAGCUCUCCAAAUUUGAAUGUGCCGAAGCCUUGACUCACCUUCGUAGUCUUUCACACGAU